CCAGGCAACCCUGAGAAAAAAAUAGGCAAAAUGGCCGACCCUCGUGUUUAACUAGACGUUGUUUAUCUCGGGUUUUUUUGGGCCCAUAUUUUCUUCCGUUAAAAUUAAAUUCUUGUCAUAAAAUUUCCAGUUGCAAAUGUCUCUGUCCACGUCGGUAAUUGCAGUAUUCCUGAUUGGUUGAUUCGACAACGAAACAAAGUUUCUAUUAGUAAUUGCUCAAACGUUGAUAACGCACGAAAUCGUUAGUUUGUGAGAUAUUUUUCUCGGAUCUGUUUUUCGAGAAUGGAACUAGAGCCAUUUUCGUUGUGAUUACCCUUUGAGAGAUUUUAUACCUUCCUUAAAAUGUCUGGGACUGAUGGAGAAGAUGACUAUAAGGCACUUCAAAGCUUCGGAGAUGAAGGAGAUGAUGAUCUUGGUCUCUUUGGAGAUUUGUCGUCAUUUGAAGGGCUUGCUCUAGAAGAAGAUGCUGCUGAAAGUGGAAGCUUAUGCCCACAAUGUUUAGAAAAGUACAAGAAUCCCAGAGUGUUGUCGUGUCUCCAUGUUCUGUGUGAAAACUGCCUGAAAGAUUUGCUCGCAGUAGACAAUGAAGAUGGAUGUGAAAAUGUGAUUUAUUCAGGGCGAAGCAAACCACAUAAGGCAUUUAUUGUAUGCCCACUUUGCAAACAGGAGACUGCAGCAGGAGAACGAGGUUUAAGUUCACUGCAUCUAGAUCCAGUAUAUCAAAAAAAGACUGCUUCGGAUUCCUGUCUUUCUGGAUUGAUAUGCACCAGCUGCAAAGCCAAUGAGGAGGCUGUUGCAAAGUGUAUGGAUUGUGACAAUUUAUUGUGUCCCAAUUGUUACUCAGCUCAUAAAUAUAUGCGCUGCUUUGAUAAUCAUUCGGUUAUCACAUUUGAAGAGUUGAGUCAAUCAGGUCAAUCUGUGCCUAUAAGGAGAAAUCCAAAUUGUCCAAGACAUCCUACUGAAAGCUUCAAGUAUUUUUGUAAUACCUGUCAGGUUGCCACAUGCACCCAGUGCUUGAAUACCUUUCAUCUGGCUUUGGAGCAUAGAACAGAGCGAUUAACUGAUGCUGAAGCACGUUGUCGGGCAGAACUUACGCAGUUUAGUGAAGAAAUAAGCGUCCGCCAAAACACCUGUCGUAUUAAUGCCAAUAAACUAGAAAAAAUGCUAGGCGAGCUGCAGCACCAGCACGAUGCCGCUAAGUCAACCAUAUCGGAAGUUCACGAGGCUUAUGUUGCACUGUUAGAAACGAAGCGGGAACAGAUGUUAAAAGAGCUCGAGGCCCUUCACAGUAAACAGGAACUAAGCAUAAUGGAAGCUUGUCAACGAGUAGACCGCACACGUGAUCGUAUUCAGACGGCUCUGCGCUACACCAAAAUGCUAUUGGGCGAGGCUGAACCGGCCGGCCUGUUACAUCUUUCCGCUAGUAUUAAAGCCCAGAUGCAGUUGCUGCAUAAUGCGGCGUCACGAAAUGACGAAGUGGAUGUGCUUUUAAAAUUCGAAUCAAAUCUGUCGCGUUUCGAAGAUGCUCUGAAUGGCUCGUAUGGCUACUUCGCCCAACAUGGUAGCAGUGGUGUAAACAGUAGCGGUGUUCCAUCUAAACCAGUGUCUUCUCUGGGCUUGCCGACACCUUCAUCAACUCCACUGCCUCCUUCACCAACUCAUUCAUCUCCAUUGGAAACGCAACCUCCUCCUUCAGGCAAUCUUUCUAAUAUCGGCUACGGGAUAUCGUCUGGCAUGUUGAAAAACGAUCUCACUCACUCGGUUUUGCUCUCAUCGAUGGCGGACAUGACUAACGCGCCACCUGACCUCUCGGCCGCCUUAAGCCUGUCAUCGUUUGCCAAUUCGAUGUCUUCUUCGUCAUCGUCUCCUUCGAUGCGAGCCUUAGAUCUCAACUCAUUGGGAUCAGUCGGUUCCAUGACGUCCAUACAAGAGUACAAUCUUCAGCAGCUGGCCUCCCUAGCCGGCAAAGCCGAAAGCCAAAACCCGAUUCAUCAACACCACCAUCUCCAGCAGCAUCAGCGUCAACAAGCUGGGUUGCCCCCACCGCGUGGCACUCCGUCCCCACAUCCCACUUCGCCCUUUACACUUGCCGAUUUGCUAGCUGGUGACAUGAACGUCACCAGCCAUGCUUUCACGAAUUUGCAAGCCUUGGCCAAGCUUGGCUCUCAUAGUUCACUAGGUUUGGAUGCCUUAGGAGGAGCAAGUCAUGGAGUCUCCCCACUGAGCAGUUCGGGUAUGCAGAGCUUGGGCACUAAUCUUGGGCUGUUGGUUAAUGGCAGUGGAUCGUCCGUAAGCCAUAAUGGUGGACUUGGCGGCCCGCCUUUGUCUCCUCAUGAUGCAUCACUGCUAGCCUCUGCCCUCAGUGCUCCUCCGUUCAUUCCGUCGAAUUCGCCACGGCCAUCUUCUGCCGUCUCAGCCUCGUCAAGUGCCUCUUAUACUGCCGGCAGCAGCAGUGGAACCUUGGCAUCCAAUCCAAAGUACAUCCCCAUGCAAACCCGCGUUCGUUUUGGACAACUGGGUUCGGCGAAAGGGCAAUUCAAUUCCCCUCAUGGCUUCUGUUUGGGCAUUGAUGAAGAUAUCGUCGUCGCGGACACCAACAAUCAUCGCAUUCAGAUAUUCGACAAAGACGGGCUGUUUAAACAUGACUUCGGCAAUCCUGGCAAAGAAGAAGGCCAACUUUGGUAUCCGCGUAAAGUUGCCGUCAUUCGCCAGACCGGAAAAAUCGUAGUGUGUGAUCGCGGAAACGAACGCUCAAGAAUGCAAAUUUUCUCACGAACAGGCCAGUUUAUCAAACGGAUCGUCAUACGAUACAUCGAUAUUGUCGCUGGCUUAGCCAUCAAUGAACAAGGUCAUAUUGUGGCAGUCGAUUCAGUGUCACCGACCGUCUUCCGCAUUACCGAAAAUGGCGAACUCAUUAAAUGGUUUGAUGUGUCUGAUCGGAUGCGCGAGCCGUCGGAUUUGGCCAUUCACGGAAAAGAGUACUAUAUCUGUGAUUUCAAGGGUCAUUGCGUGGUGGUGUUCAACGAAGAGGGCGAUUACGUUCGUCGAAUCGGAUGCGAGUCCAUCACCAAUUUCCCCAAUGGGAUCGAUAUAUCGGAUGCUGGUGAUGUACUUAUCGGAGAUUCGCAUGGAAAUCGCUUCCAUGUCGCCGUGUUUUCUCGUAGUGGUUCGUUACUCUCCGAGUUUGAGUGCCCACACGUCAAGGUUUCGCGCUGCUGCGGACUCAAGAUAACAUCGGAAGGAUUUGUGGUGACACUUGCGAAAAACAACCAUUACGUUCUCGUGCUCAACACGCUGUACAUUGUCUAAGAAGAAGGCGCACCAACAAACCAAGGUCGUGGGACGCCGACGGUUUAAAGUGGGAAAAGACGUUUUGCUUCCAAAACCGGCGGCGGUGCCCAAGUCAUCAGAGGAUUUCUCUCAUUCGUUCAACAGUGUGACCCGACAGCGCAGGUCACCCAACACUUUGUGCCUUCGACUGCGUCCCUUUCUCUUUUUACACACUCACUGAUGUUUUCUUUUCGAUGGCCAGUUUACGGAUACUUAACUGUUCAUUUUCAAGCGUUACUUUUUGAUCCCUCCUCCGACAGGCCUGUAGAAUGGUUUAUUUUUAACUGCUUGUGCCAGUUAAGCAGGUCCAGUGAAUUGUUCAAGGAUGGAGAACAUUUUCAAUGGCCGUCAUACCGAAGGGUGUGCAUGACGAGCGGGUCCAUUUAUUGAUUAUAACCUUCAGCGAGGUGGCGAACUUCUGCACCAAUCAUUGAGCAAUAUUUAGAGUGAAUUUCUCAUUUUCUUUUCCUUCACCUGGAACCUGAAUUUGUUUGAUGCUAAUCGUUCCUAGUCACUCCCCCCUUUUCGUCCUAUCCCCACCAAGUACUACGGAACUGUUUCGAGUCAAGGAAACGAAAAUCUGACGUCGUGUCUUCCAUUUUUUGCGAUAACUGGAUACCCGAAUUGCAAUUCGUUGUGGUUUUUUCCUCUUUUUUUUGUUGCGACUAGGAGUAGAUGACGUAAAUCACUUUGCCACAUUCCAAUUCUUUGUUUAUUAUGUGAAAUCAAGUCAGAGCAAAGCCCCUCUUUUUGUUUUUCUUCCAAGAAAAUAGUCAUGAUGUUCGUGAAAUAGCUGUUUAGUUGUCAACAUCCAAAAAAAGAAAAAAAAAAAAAAAAGAAUAAUCCGGAAAUUUCAAGGUAUACAGAAAGUCAUGGAAUAAAACGUGCCUUAAAUUUUCUUUUGUCUGCCCCCAGUCCACCAGAAGAUAAGAUAAAAACCUAGAUUUCGUAUAUGUAUUCUCCCCAAUCAUCUCUCAAAAUUAUUUUGUUUUUGCUAAUGCGGUUUUGAAACCUAUGGGCUUUGUCCUUUCUAGUUUAUCUACCACGAUCUAGUUUUAACCGUUUUGUUAUUGGUUAACUCACUUUCCUUGUCUUUGCGGUUGUGGAAGUCCCGAUGAUAUUCAAAAUGUGAAUCUACUCCAUGAUAUCAGUUUGUAUUUCCAUCCAUUAUCAACGAACAAUGUUUUCCUCGUCGAGAAAGAGGAGGCAAAGAUCCCACUUCCACACGAGAAAUGUUUUCGCUUUGUAAUGGGUAGUCAUGUGCUGAUUUUCUUCUUUUUUUUUCCCCCCUCGUGUAUCGCGUCCAAGCUCAAUAUUCCGUUUGCCAAUUGUCUCGAUCUUUUUUUCUUUUCUUUUUUUUUUUCUCCUCUUGCGUUUCCGUUCCAACUGUUUAAAACGCUCGGCCGUUUGUUUGUCUAUGUUUUUCAAAUGAGAAGUCACUUUUGAAAUAACUCUAAUCCUUGGCCACGGAAGCUUUACGUCUUUCGACGCCAGAUGAGCCAGUUAUAUAUAUAUCUAGAUUCUCGUGUAUCCCAAGUCUUUCUGCGUGACUGAGUGUGUCGUUUCGUUUAUCACGUGCUUGCUUUUUCUCCGGGCCAGUGCGACAGAGAGCGAAGAGUCGGAUGGCAAACUCGCCUUCCAGUUGAUCCACAUAUCCUAUUAUGCUUCUUCGUUCUUCCCUUCCUUUUUUUUUCUCUUUCUUUUCUUUACGUUCAGUCCAUCUUUCCUCAUCAUCCGGGCUAGCCAAAUGUCCAAAACCAAGAAUUUUUUUUUUCUUUCUUUUUUCUUUUGUUGUCAUUGUUCUUAGCGUAUACGCCUUUUUCUUUUUUCUCCAGGGUUCGCUUUCUUUUAGUUUCUAUGUCCGUUGCAAAGAGACCUUGGUGCCACCGUUAUGUAUCCACGUCAUAAUUCGCGCAAGUGAAGGAGCUCCGUCUCCUAGGAAACGAAAUCUAUUUUUCAUUUACUCUAGAGUUGGUAAAAAAAAAAAUAAUAAUUAAAUAAAACCUCCUGGAAUUGGCGAUCCCUUGUCAAGUAUGUUUGUCGUCACGCUUUUGACCAUCUUUUGUGGUUUUUUUCUUCUCGCUGCUUCUUUUGGCCGCAAUCCUUGUGUUUUCUUUUUCAUUCACUUCGUGAAUCAAUUCUCUAUAAUCUACAUAAAUCUGUUUGAUUGUUCCUUUUUUUUUACACGAUGUGUAUUGAUUUUCUUUUUCUCUUUUUAAAACCAUUGAAUACACAGUUUUUUUGCA